AUGUUCCCCCUGGGGAUGAGGCAUCACCUACCACCAGGCAUCACCUACCACCAGGCAUCACCUACCACCAGGCAUCACCUACCACCAGGCAUCACCUACCACCAGGCAUCACCUCCUACCACCAGGCAUCACCUACCACCAGGCAUCACCUACCACCAGGCAUCACCUCCUACCACCAGGCAUCACCUACCACCGGGCAUCACCUACUACCACCGGGCAUCACCUCCUACCACCAGGCAUCACCUCCUACAACCAGGCAUCACCUCCUACCACCAGGCAUCACCUACCACCAGGCAUCACCUACCACCAGGCAUCACCUCCUACCACCAGGCAUCACCUCCUACCACCAGGCAUCACCUCCUACCACCAGGCAUCACCUCCUACCACCAGGCAUCACCUACCACCAGGCAUCACCUACCACCAGGCAUCACCUACCACCACCAGGCAUCACCUACCACCAGGCAUCACCUCCUACCACCAGGCAUCACCUACCACCAGGCAUCACCUACCACCAGGCAUCACCUACCACCAGGCAUCACCUCCUACCACCAGGCAUCACCUCCUACCACCAGGCAUCACCUACCACCAGGCAUCACCUACCACCAGGCAUCACCUACCACCAGGCAUCACCUACCACCAGGCAUCACCUCCUACCACCAGGCAUCACCUCCUACUACCAGGCAUCACCUCCUACCACCAGGCAUCACCUCCUACCACCAGGCAUCACCUACCACUAGGCAUCACCUACCACCAGGCAUCACCUACCACCAGGCAUCACCUACCACCAGGCAUCACCUACCACCAGGCAUCACCUACCACCAGGCAUCACCUACCACCAGGCAUCACCUACCACCAGGCAUCACCUACCACCACCAGGCAUCACCUACCACCAGGCAUCACCUACCACCAGGCAUCACCUAA